CACGUAAUUUCAUUAGGGCAUUCACGGACGUUCCUCGAACCAACAUGCCACGGUUUUUUCAAGGCCCUCGUUGCAAAAAUAAUUGCCGGCUCGAUGGCAAGGUAGUUGUUGUUACAGGUGCAAAUACUGGCAUUGGCAAAGAGACUGCUCGUGAGCUAAGCAAAAGAGGAGCUGAAGUGGUGAUCGCUUGCCGUGACUUGAAGAAGGCUAACGAAGCCGCAGAUGACAUUACAAAGGAGACUGGGAAUGCGGUGACUACCUUGAAAUUGGAUUUGGCUUCUAUGAAAUCUAUUCGAUCAGCAGCAGAAGAAUUGAAAGCACGUCAUCCUGAAAUUCACAUACUCAUCAACAAUGCCGGAAUCAUGACAUGCCCUCAAUGGAAAACGGACGAUGGUUUUGAAAUGCAAUUUGGAGUCAAUCAUUUGGGAUCUUUCCUGUGGACGCUUUUACUAUUGAACAACAUCAAACGGGCUUCACCUUCUCGAAUUAUCAAUCUAUCAUCUGUCGCGCAUACAAGAGGAAAAAUGUAUUUCGACGAUUUAAUGUUGCAGAAAAAUUACACUCCGAUACGGUCUUAUUGUCAAAGCAAGUUAGCCAAUAUCCUAUUUACGAAAGAGCUCGCAAGACGAUUAGAAGGAACUGGAGUCUCCGUCUUUGCCGUACAUCCGGGAGCUGUCCAAACGGAAUUGGCACGACACAUCAACGAAUCGAUGAAUGCUUGCGUGGAUGGCACUCUCCACUUCUUCAGUCGUUUCGUUUUUAAAACGCCAGAGAUGGGAGCCCAAACUAGUGUUUAUUGCGCCGCGGAGGAAUCUUUAACUGAACUCAGCGGACAUUAUUUUAGUGACUGCGCCAAAACGAAACCAGCAAGUCAAGCCAAUGAUAAAGAAGCAGCUGUACGCCUUUGGAAAAUGAGCGAAGAACUCGUUGGUUUCACUUGGGAACAGUCUAAUCAAUAAGAAAAUUUAAUCUAGUUAAUUUUGAAUUAUCUGG